AUGGGUGUCGGCCGGAGGAAGUUGGUCCCAUUCUGGGUCCUAGCCCUGGCCCUGGCGUGUGGUCAACACACAGGCCAGGCCCGGCAAGAUACUCUGAAAUCCAACCAUGAACAUCACUCUGACUUCUCUCUCCUUCAAGGGCAUGAUGCUGCUCCAUUCCAUGGGGUGACCAUCAUCUCACCUCAGAGGACCAUCCCUGUGGUACGAGCUCUCAACCCAGCACACACCGGGCGGGUGUGCAGCACCUGGGGCAACUUCCACUACAAGACCUUUGAUGGCCAGGUCUUCCGCUUCCCUGGCCUCUGCAACUAUGUGUUCUCUGCACACUGUGGGGCUGCCUAUGAGGACUUCAACAUCCAGCUUCGUCGUGGCCGGGAGUCUAAUGCCACCACUCUGAGCAGGGUCACUAUGAAGCUUGACGGCCUAGUUGUUGAUCUGACCAAGAGCUCCAUAUUAGUCAAUAACCACCCGGUUCAGCUGCCCUUCAGCCAGUCUGGGGUCCUUAUUGAGCUCAGCAGUGGCUACCUGAAGGUGGUGGCCCGGCUGGGCCUCGUCUUCAUGUGGAACGAUGAUGACAGUCUCCUGCUGGAGUUGGACACCAAGUAUAUCAACAAGACUUGUGGUCUCUGUGGAGACUUCAAUGGCAGCCCAGAGUCCAGCGAGUUCCUCUCCCACAAUGUUAGAUUGACACCUCUUGAGUUUGGGAACCUCCAGAAGAUGGAUGGCCCCACAGAACAGUGCCAGGACCCCCUCCCUGUGCCCCAGAAGAACUGCUCCACCAGAUUUGGCAUCUGUGAGGAGAUCCUGAAAGGUCAUCUGUUCUCGGACUGCUCGGCCCUGGUGGACACCAGCAGCUACCUGGAGGCUUGCCGGCAGGACCUCUGUCUCUGUGAGAGCCCUGACCUGUCCAGCUGUGUCUGCCAUACCCUGGCUGAGUACUCCCGGCAGUGUGCCCAUGCUGGAGGACAGCCCCAGGACUGGCGGGGUCCCGACCUCUGCUCUCCAACAUGCCCCCUCAACAUGCAACACCAGGAAUGUGGCUCACCCUGUGUGGACACUUGCUCCAACCUCCAGCGCUCCCAGGUCUGUGAGGACCACUGUGUUGCCGGCUGCUUCUGUCCUGAGGGGACAGUGCUUGAUGACAUCAACCAGACUGGCUGUGUCCCUGUGUCCCAGUGUGCCUGCCUGUACAAUGGGACAGCUUAUGCACCGGGUACCAAUUACUCUACUGACUGCACCAAAUGCACAUGCUCUGGAGGUCAGUGGAGUUGCCAGGAGGUCCCAUGCCCUGGCACCUGCUCAGUGCUGGGGGGUUCCCACUUCUCCACAUUUGAUGAAAGGCAGUACACAGUGCAUGGGGACUGCAGCUACGUGCUGAGCAAGCCCUGUGACAGCAACAUCUUCAGUGUGCUGGCUGAGCUUCGAAAGUGUGGACUGACGGACAGCGAGACUUGUCUGAAGAGUGUGACACUGAGCCUGGGUGCGGGGAAGACAGUGGUCAUGGUGAAAGCCACUGGAGAGGUCUUUGUGAACCAGAUUUAUACCCAGUUGCCGGUGUCCACAGCCAAUGUUACCCUCUUCCGGCCUUCAACUUUUUUCAUCAUUGCCCAGACCAACCUGGGUCUGCAGCUUGAGAUCCAGCUGGUGCCCAUCAUGCAAGUGUUUGUGCGGCUGGCACCUGAGCUCAGGGGUCUAACCUGCGGGCUCUGUGGGAAUUUCAACAGUAUCCAGGCCGAUGACUUCCAGACCAUCAGUGGGGUUGUGGAGGGCACAGCAGCUGCCUUCUUCAACACCUUCAAGACGCAGGCGGCUUGUCCUAACGUCAGGAAUAACUUUGAGGACCCCUGCUCGCUCAGCGUGGAGAACGAGAAGUAUGCUCAGCACUGGUGUUCUCAGCUGACAGAUGCCAGUGGCCCAUUUUCCCAGUGCCACACCACCGUGAACCCCAGCACCUACUUCUCGAACUGCAUGUUUGACACGUGCAACUGUGAGAAGAGUGAGGAUUGCAUGUGCGCGGCCCUGUCCUCCUACGUGCGUGCCUGUGCCGCCAAAGGCGUGCUGCUCAGUGGCUGGAGGGACGGCGUCUGCACAAAGCCUACAACUACCUGCCCCAAGUCGAUGACCUACCAAUACCACAUCAGCACCUGCCAGCCCACCUGUCGUUCUCUGAAUGAGGAAGAUGUCACCUGCCAUGUCAGCUUCAUCCCUGUAGAUGGUUGCACCUGCCCUGCAGGCACCUUCUUGGAUGAUUCAGGCAAAUGUGUUCAGGCCACCAGCUGUCCCUGCUACCACAGGGGAUCCACGGUUCCCAAUGGCGAGUCAAUACACGACAGUGGGGCCAUUUGCACCUGCACCCAAGGAACCUUGACCUGCAUUGGAGGUCCUGCUCCGACUCCAGUGUGUGACGCACCCAUGAUCUAUUUUGACUGCCGCAAUGCUACACCUGGGGACACUGGAGCUGGCUGUCAGAAGAGCUGUCACACCCUGGACAUGACUUGUUACAGCUCCGAAUGUGUGCCUGGCUGUGUGUGCCCGCAUGGGUUGGUGGCAGAUGGUAAUGGAGGCUGUGUUGCUGCUGAGGACUGUCCUUGUGUGCACAAUGAGGCUACUUACAGGCCUGGGGAGACCAUCCGAGUGGGCUGCAACAACUGCACCUGUGAGAACAGGAUGUGGCAGUGUACCGACAAGCCCUGCCUGGCCACCUGUGCUGUGUAUGGGGAUGGUCACUACCUCACUUUCGAUGGGCAGCGUUACAGCUUCAGUGGGAACUGCGAGUACACACUGCUCCAGGACCACUGUGGUGGGAAUGGCAGCUCCCAGGAUGCCUUUCGUGUUGUCACCGAGAAUAUCCCCUGUGGCACCACAGGGACCACCUGCUCCAAGGACAUCAAGAUCUUCCUGGGGAACUAUGAACUGAAGCUGAGUGACGGCAAGGUGGAGGUGGUCCAGAAGGGCGUGGGGCAGGAGCCCCCCUACUAUGUCCACCAGAUGGGCAUCUACCUGGUGGUGGAAACUGACGUUGGCCUGGUGCUUCUGUGGGACAGGAAGACCAGCAUCUUUCUCAGACUCAGCCCUGAGUUCAAGGGCAGGGUCUGUGGCCUGUGUGGGAAUUUCGACGACAAUGCCAUCAAUGACUUCACCACGCGUAGCCAGUCUGUGGUGGGCGAUGUGCUGGAGUUUGGAAAUAGCUGGAAGUUCUCGCCAUCCUGCCCAGAUGCGGUGGUGUCCAAGGACCCCUGCACUGCCAACCCUUAUCGCAAGUCCUGGGCCCAAAAGCAAUGCAGCAUCAUCAACAGUGCGACCUUCACUGCCUGCCAUGCCCAUGUGGAGCCCGCCAAGUACUAUGAAGCCUGUGUGAGUGACGCAUGUGCCUGUGACUCAGGGGGUGACUGCGAGUGUUUCUGCACUGCUGUGGCUGCCUAUGCCCAGGCCUGCCAUGAAGUGGGAGUGUGUGUGUCCUGGAGGACACCAGACAUCUGCCCGCUGUUCUGUGACUACUACAACCCAGAGGGUCAGUGUGAGUGGCACUACAAGCCGUGUGGGGCUCCCUGCAUGCGCACCUGCCAGAACCCUAAUGGACACUGCCUACAUGAUCUUCCCGGCCUUGAAGGCUGCUACCCCAAGUGCCCACCAACAGCCCCCAUCUUUGAUGAGGGCAUGAUGCAGUGUGUACGCAACUGUACAGCCACCCCUUCACCUCCACCACCUCGUCCCUGCCGCAUCAAUGGAAAGUUGUACCGACCAGGCGCGACAGUACCUUCAGACAAGAACUGCUAUUCCUGCAUUUGCACGGAGAACGGUGUGAGCUGUGCCCAUGAUGCUGGUGCCUGUGUCUGUACCUACAACGGGCAACACUUCCAUCCUGGGGAAAUCAUCUACCACACGACAGAUGGCACGGGAGGCUGUAUCUCUGCACACUGCAGGGCCAACGGCACCAUCGAAAGGACCAUUGAGGCUUGCAGCCCCACCACCCCCACACCCCCGACCACUUUCUCCUUCUCCACACCAGUUGUCAUGACCUCAAUGCCACCCUCCAGCACACAUCCCAGCCCUACCCUGAGUGUAGUAUACACAGGGUCCCCAAGCAGGGCUGUGUUGACAACCAGCAGCAUGUCGUCAGUGAAGACACCUGCCACUGCCUCGACCUUGACUGCAUCUACUAUGGCCUCCACCUCAACCACACCAGGUUGCCAGGAGUGCCACUGGUCUCCCUGGAUGGAUGUCAGCCAUCCUGGACGUGGCAUUGACAGUGGUGACUUUGAGACUCUGGAGAACCUCCGUGCCCAUGGCUACCAGAUCUGCCAAGCACCAAGGGCAGUGGAAUGCCGUGCUGAGGAAACCCCUGAGGUGCCACUUCAUGUGCUGGGGCAGCAAGUGGAGUGCAGUACAACUGUAGGGUUGACCUGUCACAACAGGGAUCAGGUGUCAAGGCUCUGUGACAACUACCAGAUCAGAAUUCAGUGCUGUACCCCCAUCAGCUGUCCAACCUCCAGUGGUCCUACGCAGACCACCCAUUUGAUAACCUCCAGGACAGCUGCAAGGGGGACCACAACCUCCUUAACCCCUGUCACCUCAACUGACCACACAGAUAGCACGGUUAUCUCAGGCCGCUCUACCCAUGCUCCAGGUCCUUUCCCCUCUUCCUCACAUCCUUCUUCAUCAGCUUCAAGUCCAACUACCCCUGGCCCAGUUAGUUCGACCGCCAUUAAAGUAAAUCUGUCCACUACUGGCCCAAUGCCACAGCCAACUUCAGCCACAUCAUCUGUGUCCAUCCCAAGCUCAGGGUCCACCACAGCCUCUUUUGAGACUACCCAUGAAUGCACACAGGAGCUUUGCAGUUGGACUGAUUGGAUAGAUGGCAGCUACCCUGGGCCUGACAGAAACAGUGGAGAUUUUGACACUUUCAAAAACCUGAGAUCCAAAGGCUACAAGUUCUGUGAGAAGCCACGAAAUGUGGAGUGUAGGGCUCAGUUCUUUCCCAACACUCCACUGGAGGAGCUGGGGCAGAAUGUAAUCUGUAACCGAGAGGAAGGGUUGAUCUGUUUGAACAAAAACCAGCUGCCACCCAUUUGUUAUAACUAUGAGAUCCGGAUAGAAUGCUGUAAAAUAGUAGACGUGUGCUCCACGGCUUCAGCUACCACACAUCCGGCCUCACAUGAAGUAAGCACAAAAACAAAGACCAACUGGACCACAAGCUUGCAUUCCUCUUCCACCAAGGACAUCAGUACUCACUCAGCAACCGAACACACAGAGACCUGGGCCACAGACAGUCCACACACAAUCACCCAACCUGGGACCACCCACUGCCAGCCACAGUGCAGCUGGACCAAGUGGUUUGACACUGACUUCCCGGUGCCUGGUCCACAUGGAGGGGACCUGGAAACCUACAGCAACAUCCUGAGGAGGGGAGAGAGGAUCUGUCACCGGCCAGAGGAGAUCACACAGCUGGAAUGCAGGGCUGAGAACCACCCUGAGAUGAGGGUGGAGGAUCUGGGUCAGGUGGUGCAGUGUGACCCCACUGUGGGCCUUGUGUGCAGGAACCGGGACCAGAAGGACGUCUCUGGGAUGUGCCUCAACUAUGAGGUGCGAGUGCUGUGCUGCCGCACUCCUGAAGGCUGCCCUGGGACCACACUUGCCACUCUUUCCAGCACCUCAGGUGAGACUGUCACCAGCUCAGCUCCUGUCACCACUUCUGAGCAUGCAGAAAUCAGCACAUCCACUCCCCGGACCAGGACAACCAUUGUCCAGACAAGCAGCACCACCUCCACACCCCAAACCAGCACAACCUCUGUGCAGACAGCCAGCACAGUGCCCACCAGGGACACCAGAACCACUUCUGUGCAGACAGCCAGCACCACAUCCAUGCCUAAACCCAGACCAACCUCUGGGCAGCCAGUCAGCACCACCUCCAAAACCCAAACAAGCUCACCAUCUAGAGGAAAAUUGAGCACCACCCUCAAAACCCAGACCAGAUCAACCUCUAUAGAAAAAUCCAGGACCACCCACUGCCAGCCACAGUGCAGCUGGACCAAGUGGUUUGACACUGACUUCCCGGUGCCUGGUCCACAUGGAGGGGACCUGGAAACCUACAGCAACAUCCUGAGGAGGGGAGAGAGGAUCUGUCACCGGCCAGAGGAGAUCACACAGCUGGAAUGCAGGGCUGAGAACCACCCUGAGAUGAGGGUGGAGGAUCUGGGUCAGGUGGUGCAGUGUGACCCCACUGUGGGCCUUGUGUGCAGGAACCGGGACCAGAAGGACGUCUCUGGGAUGUGCCUCAACUAUGAGGUGCGAGUGCUGUGCUGCCGCACUCCUGAAGGCUGCCCUGGGACCACACUUGCCACUCUUUCCAGUACCUCAGGGACCACCCACUGCCAGCCACAGUGCAGCUGGACCAAGUGGUUUGACACUGACUUCCCGGUGCCUGGUCCACAUGGAGGGGACCUGGAAACCUACAGCAACAUCCUGAGGAGGGGAGAGAGGAUCUGUCACCGGCCAGAGGAGAUCACACAGCUGGAAUGCAGGGCUGAGAACCACCCUGAGAUGAGGGUGGAGGAUCUGGGUCAGGUGGUGCAGUGUGACCCCACUGUGGGCCUUGUGUGCAGGAACCGGGACCAGAAGGACGUCUCUGGGAUGUGCCUCAACUAUGAGGUGCGAGUGCUGUGUUGCCGCACUCCUGAAGGCUGCCCUGGGACCACACUUGCCACUCUUUCCAGUACCUCAGGUGAGACUGUCACCAGCUCGGCUCCUGUCACCACUUCUGUGCAUGAAGAAAUCAGCACAUCCACUCCCCGGACCAGGACAACCAUUGUCCAGACAAGCAGCACCACCUUCACACCCCAAACCAGCACAACCUCUGUGCAGACAGCCAGCACCAUGUCCACCAGGGACACCAGAACCACCUCUGUGCAGACAGCCAGCACCACAUCCAUGCCUAAACCCAGACCAACCUCUGGGCAGCCAGUCAGCACCACCUCCAAACCCCAAACCAGAACAACACCUAUAGGAAAAUCCAGCACCACAUCUGGGCAGACAGCCAGCACCAUGUUCACCAGGAGCACCAGCACCACAUCUGGGCAGACAGCCAGCACCACCUACAUACCCCAAACAAGCUCACCCUCUAGAGGAAAAUUGAGCACCACCCUCAAAACCCAGACCAGCUCAACCUCUACAGAAAAAUCCAGUACCACAUCUGGGCAGACAGCCAGCACCAUGUCCACCAGGGACACCAGAACCACCUCUGUGCAGACAGCCAGCACCACAUCCAUGCCUAAACCCAGACCAACCUCUGGGCAGCCAGUCAGCACCACCUCCAAACCCCAAACCAGAACAACACCUAUAGGAAAAUCCAGCACCACAUCUGGGCAGACAGCCAGCACCAUGUUCACCAGGAGCACCAGCACCACAUCUUGGCAGACAGCCAGCAUGACAUUCAUAGGAAAAACCAGUACCAUCUCUGUUCCUGGAACCAGAGCCACCUCUGCUCCUACCAGCACCACAGGCCCUGGGUCUCCUUCUGUUGUGACUUCUUUCCCAGGGACCACCCACUGCCAGCCAGAGUGCAGCUGGACCAAGUGGUUUGACACUGACUUCCCGGUGCCUGGUCCACAUGGAGGGGACCUGGAAACCUACAGCAACAUCCUGAGGAGGGGAGAGAGGAUCUGUCACCGGCCAGAGGAGAUCACACAGCUGGAAUGCAGGGCUGAGAACCACCCUGAGAUGAGGGUGGAGGAUCUGGGUCAGGUGGUGCAGUGUGACCCCACUGUGGGCCUUGUGUGCAGGAACCGGGACCAGAAGGACGUCUCUGGGAUGUGCCUCAACUAUGAGGUGCGAGUGCUGUGCUGCCGCACUCCUGAAGGCUGCCCCGGGACCUCUGCGACUUCCCCUGUGACAUCAUCCCACAAGCCCUCAUUUCCAGUUGUGUCACCCUCAUCUGUGUCCCCAUCCUCAUCGUCCAGCCCUAGAGUCCACUCUGCCACCCCUUGUUUCUGCAGCGUGGCAGGCCAUUUGUAUCCUAUCGGAUCCAUCAUCUACAACCAGACAGAUCUUGAUGGCCACUGUUACUAUGCCAUGUGUAGCCAGGACUGCCAGGUGGUUAGAAGUGUUAGUCAGGACUGCCCCUCCACCACGCCGUCCCCUACACCAGCUCUAUUCACAUCUACAUCUACCAGCACACCUGUCAUUCAUCGGGAUCGGUGCAAUGUGGUCCCGCCAAGAAUGAAAGGGGACAUCUGGCACAUGCCUAAUUGCUCCCAAGCCACCUGUGAGGGCAACAAUGUCGUCUCCCUGAGCCCACGCCAGUGCCCAGAAGUGAAAGCACCAUCUUGUGCCAACGGCUACCCACCUCUGAAGGUGGAUGACCAGGAUGGUUGCUGCCAGCACUACCAGUGCCAGUGUGUUUGCAGCGGCUGGGGUGAUCCCCACUACAUCACGUUUGAUGGCACCUACUACACUUUUCUGGAUAACUGCACAUAUGUGCUGGUGCAGCAGAUCGUGCCUGUGUUUGGACACUUCCGUGUGCUCAUUGACAACUACUUCUGUGACCCCGGAGACAGUGUUUCCUGCCCGCAGUCCAUCAUCGUGGAGUACCACCAGGACCGCGUGGUGCUGACCCGCAGGCCGGUUGAUGGGAUCAUGACUAACCAGAUCAUCUUCAACAACAAGGUAGUCAAUCCUGGCUUCCAGCAGAAUGGCAUUAUCGUCUCCCGUGUGGGUAUCAAGAUGUAUGUGGCCAUCCAGGAGAUUGGUGUCCAGGUCAUGUUCUCAGGCCUCAUCUUCUCUGUUGAGGUGCCCUUCAACAUGUUCUCCAACAACACAGAGGGCCAAUGUGGCACUUGUACCAAUGACAAGAAGGAUGAGUGCCGCCUGCCUGGAGGGGCACUAACCUCUUGUUCUAAGAUGGCCCCCCACUGGAAGGUCCCCAACCAGCCUUCCUGCCAAGGGCCUCCUCCAACAUCAACUUCAGUGGUACCCAGUCCUUCGCCGACUCCAUGCCCACCAUCACCAAUCUGUGAGCUCCUCCUGAGCAAUCUCUUCCAGUCCUGCCAUGACAUCAUCCCUCCACUGGCGUUCUACGAAGGCUGCUUAUUCGACUCCUGCCAUGGGUUGACCUUGGAGGUGGUGUGCUCAGCCCUAGAGCUCUACGCAUCACUCUGUGCAGCCCAAGGCCGGUGCAUCCCCUGGAGAAGCCAGACCAACAAUACCUGUUCAUUCACCUGCCCUGAUAACAAAGUAUACCAGCCAUGUGGCCCAACCAACCCUCAAUACUGCUAUAGGAAUGAUGACACCAGCACCAGCUUGACCCUUCAAGAAGCUGGCCCCUUCACAGAGGGCUGCUUCUGCCCAGAUAACAUGACACCUUUCAGUACUAAUGAUUCAAUCUGCAUGCCUUCCUGCCAAUGGUGCCUGGGGCCUCAUGGAGAACCUGUGGAGCCGGGCCACACCCUCAGCAUCGGCUGCGAGGACUGCACCUGCAGGAAGGCCACACUGACCUGCCAAAGGAAGCCCUGUCCCCAGACCACCUGUCCAGAGCCUGGCUUUGUGCCGGUGCCUGAAGCCCUGGAGGCUGGCCAGUGUUGUCCCCAGUUCAGCUGUGUCUGCAACUCCAGCCACUGCCCUCCUCCUCUGCACUGCCCGGAGAAUUCUAGCCUGAUGGUCACAUACGAGGAGGGAACUUGCUGCCCAAGCCAAACCUGCAGCAGUCGGAAGGGCUGUGAAGUCAACGGGACUCUCUAUCAGCCUGGUGCUGUGAUCUCCUCCAGCCUUUGUGAAACAUGCUUGUGUGAGGCGCCCAGCAAUUUCCAUUCAGAUGUCUUUGUGGUCAACUGUGAGACUAAGCUCUGCAGCAACAUCCAAUGUCCUCAGGGCUUUGAGUACCACGUCAAGCCAGGGCAGUGCUGUGGCCAGUGUAUACAGAAGGGCUGCCUCGUUAAAAACAGCAACAGCUCCACCUACUUCUACCUCCCUGGUGAGUCCUGGCCCGAACCUGAAGACCCCUGUGUGACUCAUAAGUGUGAGAAGCUCCAAGAUGUAUUCACUAUUGUGACGAUGAAGAAGGAGUGCCCCAAGAUCAACUGUCCACCAGGCCACGCUCAGCUGAGAGAAGACGGUUGCUGCUAUGACUGUCUCCUACCCCAGCAGAAAUGCACGGUACACCAAAGACAGCAGAUCAUCCGUCAGCAAAACUGCAGCUCUGAGGGGCCAGUGAGCCUCUCCUACUGCCAGGGCAACUGCGGGGACAGCACCUCCAUGUACUCCCUGGAGGCCAACACAGUGGAGCACAAGUGUGAGUGCUGCCAGGAACUGCAAACCUCGCAGAGGAGUGUGACGCUGCGCUGCGACGAUGGCUCCAGCCGCACCUUCAGCUACACCCAGGUUGAGAAGUGUGGCUGCCUGGGCCAGCGGUGCCAUGCUCUCGGUGACACAAGCCACCCAGAGUCCGCAGAAUCAGAGUUCAAGUCCAAGGGAAGUAAGGAACACGGCCAGCAGUCGGCAUUCAGGGCCAGCGAGGAGGUGCUUGGGCCUUCCCAGUAAACUGAGCAGCACUGCUGUCCCAACACACCACCCAAAAGUCCUCCUGAGGCCAGCAGGACAUGUGCUGCUUGUUCAAGUGGCUUGAAUUCCAGACCUUCUACCUACUCACCACUUUCUCUUCAAGAGGGACAUCAACCUCAGCUGUCCUUGGAGGUGGGAGAGGUCCCAUCCACAGAUUAGGAGCAUGAGGACCACUGGACUCCUUUGGAAAGAACUUCAGUAUCAUCAAAGGAUCCCAUGAAUGAGUCACCUGAAUGCAGUAUCAUCUGCUUGGCUUCACU